CGUUAAAGCUGUUCCACGUAAAUGGCGGAUUGACACCGACAUCGUAGAAAAAAGACUCGCUAAUUCAAUGUGCGAGACUCGGGUGCUUUUUGGAGAGUGCGCUGGCAACACCCUCAGUAACAUGUGAGAUGUGUACAGAAAGAUAUUAACUGUGCGUUAUUUCGGCUAACUAGCUAGCGGCUACCCCUCUCUGUCCAGUUUAUGGUAGCUCGCUCGAUCUGUAUUUUCUACCGUCGCGUCUGUACCGGGGGAAAAUGAAGAAGUUUAACAUUAGGAAGGUGUUGGACGGCUUGACAGCGGCUUCUUCUUCCUCCUCCUCAACCAACCAGCCGGGGACUCCCAAGGAAAACGACGUCGUCCAGGAGACUCUCCAGUCGGAGCAUUUCCAGCUCUGCAAGACUGUGCGUCAUGGUUUCCCAUAUCAACCGUCCUCAAUGGCUUUUGACCCCGUGCAGAAAAUCUUGGCCGUCGGGACUCAGACUGGAGCUUUGAGGCUCUUCGGCCGUGCAGGCGUGGAGUGCUACUGUCAGCAUGAGAGCGGCGCUGCUGUCAUCCAGCUUCAGUUCCUGAUCAACGAGGGGGCGCUGGUGAGUGCCUUAGCUGAUGACAGCAUCCACCUGUGGAACCUGAGGCAAAAAAUCCCUGCGAUUCUGCAUUCUCUCAAGUUCAACAGGGAGAGAAUCACGUACUGCCACCUGCCUUUCCAGAGCAAAUGGCUUUACAUCGGCACGGAAAGAGGAAACAUCCACAUCGUCAACGUGGAGUCCUUCACUCUCUCAGGCUACGUCAUCAUGUGGAACAAAGCCAUCGAACUAUCCACAAAGACACACCCCGGGCCUGUGGUGCACAUCAGUGAUAACCCCAUGGAUGAAGGAAAGCUUCUGAUUGGAUUUGAGUGCGGGGUUGUGGUGAUGUGGGACUUGAAGUGCAAAAAAGCUGACUACCGCUACAAUUACGAUGAGGCGAUCCACUCAGCUGCCUGGCAUCACGAGGGUAAACAGUUUGUGUGCAGCCACUCCGAUGGCACGCUGACCACAUGGAAUAUACGAGCCCCAGCCAAGGCUGCACAGAUCAUCACACCGCAUGGAAAGCAGCCGAAAGAUGGAAAAAAGCCAGAGCCAUGCAAGCCUAUCCUUAAGGUGGAGUACAAAACAACAAGGGCAGGGGACCCAUUCAUGGUCCUGUCAGGAGGUCUGUCUUACGAUACAGUGGGGAGGAGAGCCUGUCUGACUGUGAUGCAUGGUAAGAGCACUGCCGUCCUGGAGAUGGACUACCCCAUUGUGGAUUUCCUAACGCUGUGUGAAACUCCAUAUCCGAGCGACUUUCAGGAACCUUAUGCUGUUGUCGUCCUCCUGGAGAAGGAUUUAGUUGUAAUAGACCUCGGACAGAUCGGGUACCCUAUAUUUGAGAAUCCAUAUCCUCUGACUAUCCAUGAGUCACCGGUGACCUGCUGUGAGUACUUUGCCGACUGCCCUGCUGAACUCAUUCCUGCACUUUACUCAGUCGGCAGCCGGCAAAAGAGACAAGGCUACAGUAAGAAGGAAUGGCCCAUUAGUGGAGGAAACUGGGGCCAAGGCACUCAGAGUUACCCUGAGAUCAUAAUCACCGGACAUGCUGACGGGUCGAUCAAAUUCUGGGAUGCUUCUGCAUUAAUGCUUCAAGUGCUGUACAAGCUAAAGACUGCCAAGGUGUUUGAAAGGACUCGAGGUAAGGAGGAGAAGCCAAGCACGGAUAUCGUAGAAGAGGACCCGUUUGCUAUCCAGACCUUGUCCUGGUGCCCAGAGAGCAGGAUGCUCUGUGUGGCCGGUGUGUCCGCCCAUGUUAUCGUCUACAGGUUUAGCAAACAAGAGAUCACCACUGAAGUUGUGCAGCUUUUGGAGGUGCGGAUGCAGGGUGAGUUCAGCGACGGGGACUCCCCGGAUCCAGGAGGGGAGCAGACUCCCACCCUUCCCACCCCAGGAGCUUCCUCCAGCCCGCAGGAGGGCGAGCUUCCCACUCAGCCCUCCACCGGCAGCAACUCCUCUGAUGGACCCCGCGACAAUAUACCAUGCCUACAGGUGCGGAGCUCCCCGCUGAAACAGUCUCCGGGCUACCAGGUGGAGCUGGUGAUUCAGCUGGUGUGGGUGAGCGGGGAGCCACCUCAGCCAAUCACAAGCCUGGCUAUCAACUCCUCUUAUGGCCUUGUGGUGUUUGGAAACAGUAGUGGUCUCGCUGUGGUGGACUACCUCCAGAAAACUCUGCUCCUCAACAUGGGCACAUCGGAUUUGUACAGCCCAUCUGAUCCCUACCAGAGGCAGCCUCGCUCCCCGCGUAAACAACGGCAGCCCUCUGGAGCCCUCUCUGAUUCCAACGACGGGGCCAACCCCUCAGAGGAUCGCUGCAAAUCACCGACUUCAGGAUCUACCUCACCUAACAAUUCAGAUGAUGAACGAAAGCAGAACUUCAUAGAGAAGGUGAAAUACAAAAGCAGACGUUUUUCCAAGACGGUUGCCAAUGACUUUGCCAAGAUGUCACGGAAAAUUAGCUCGUCUCACGAGCAAAGGCCAGACCAGGAGGAGCGGUCCCAGCGUUGGCGCUCUCUCACAUGUAAGAAGCGUGUUUGUAGUGUGAACGAAGACAAAGCUGCAGCGGAGAUGAGCCGGAAGGCGGGCGUCUGUAGAACUAUGUCAGUCCCCGUCCUCAACGCCAAGGACAACUCAUUCACCCGCUCACGUAGUUCAAGUGUAACCAGCAUAGAGAGAGAAUCCCGAGAGGCCAUCUCUUCCUUUCACUUCUGCGAGAGUUUCCCCAGGAAGAAUGACAGCCUGGUCAGUCCCUGUCUGCUGGUGGGAACCACCCAGGGCUCGGUGAUGAUGGUGGCCCUCAGCAUGCCGCCCGGCGGAGACCAGAGGCUGCAGCAACCCGUCGGCAUCUCCUCCUGCGGCACCAUGGCAAGCCUCAAAGGAGGAAUUAUGACGAUGGCCUUGUUGGACGCCGCUGGAGCUCUGCUGCCCCCUUCCUACGAGCCAUGGUAUGACGCGAAUGCAUCAGAUGAGGAGAAGGAGAAGAGCCGGAGGCGCAGGCCAGCCACCCCUCCCUCGUCACAAGAGGGUCAGGAUUCCCAGUUUGCAGUGCUGUGUUCAGAGAAACAGGCCAAAGUGCUGGCUAUGCCCUCACAGACCCGACUCUACAAACACAACAUCACAGAGUCCUCCUUUGUGCUGAGGGCCGAUGUGGUGCAGAUGGCCGGAUCGAACUGCAUCGCAUGUUUCUGUGCUAACGGACACAUCAUGACUCUCAGUUUGCCCAGUCUACGGCCUCUGCUAGACAUGAACUACCUGCCGCUGACAGAUAUGAGGAUAGCCAGAACGUUCUGCUUCUCUAACCUGGGCCAGGCCCUGUACCUAACCUCCUCCACCGAGAUCCAGAGGAUCACCUACAGCCAGGAGACCUGCGAUAACCUGCAGGAGAUGCUCAGUGAGUUAUUCACUCCUGUGGAGACACCAGAGGCUCCUAACAGAGGUUUCUUCAAAGGCCUUUUUGGGGGAGGAGCUCAAUCUUUGGACAGGGAGGACCUAUUUGGUGAAACAGCUGCCGGUAAGGCCUCCCGCAGCCUGGCGCAGCACAUCCCCGGCCCUGGGGGCAUGGAGGGCAUGAAGGGUGCAGCGUCCGGGGUCGUUGGAGACCUUGCAAGAGCCCGAAUAGCUUUGGACGAGAGAGGGCAGAAACUGGGCGAGCUGGACGAGAGAACAGCAGCCAUGAUGGCCAGCGCAGAUUCCUUCUCCAAACAUGCUCAUGAUAUGAUGCUGAAGUACAAAGAUAAGAAGUGGUACCAGCUCUGAUGGCAGCGUGUGGAGAAUCGGACUCAGUAAUCACGCACACCAGUAUCUCUGAGGAGCUGCAGGUCCCAAUUCAUCUCUUCUCUAUUUCUCUCCACAUGGGGGGGUUCUGCUCUACAGGCUCAUGCUUUUAUUCUCAGCACAAUAUCACACACUCUGGCAUUACCUUGGUCACCAGAGGACUGCCACCGAGUACACACCGGCCCGAAACCAACAGAAUGAGAAUGGAAAGAAAUGGAAGAAGAGAAGCCCUUCAGAAUCUCUCUUUCCAUUUCACGAGAGCCUGCGAGACAGGAAUGAGAGAGGGGGGACCUUUUCAUAUCCAUCCGCCAUGCACUCAUAUAUAUCUCACAUAUAUAUCUACACACCCUGCUGUUUUGUUCUGAAAGAGGAAAGACAAUUCUGCAAAACCUGUACUUGUGGUGGCCUGAUUGCAAGUGUUCUCUUUUCCUUUCCCUGCCCUUUAUGGUGUCUGCAAAACACAGUGGACUUACACGAGGAAAAAAAGUCUGAUGACCCGUCGUCCUUUAAAAAUCGACUGUAAUCAAGUCAAUAUAGAUGUGUAUAUCUAUAGGAGUGGUUGAAUCAAUGAAGGACUUGUCUGUUUUUCCAGUCUGAAUUUUUUGAAGAAUUUGAUCUCUGCGCUUUCUUUAUUUUUUUUGUUUUUUUUUAUUGUCCAGAAGAGGCAUUUCAAGCACUUCAAAUCGUAGAAAGUAGACAGAGCGAUGAGGAAUUAUCGCCUCUCACCGAAUAAGGGCUGGUAGAACACUAGUUCAUCAUGACCAUUUCUCUUACAGCAACCAAGUUGUUUUAGGUGAGAAAGAAACAAACGGCGAGUUUUCUGAGAGUCCCUUUUGGCUUUAUUUCGAAAUUAGAUUAUUUAUUGGAGCAGUGUAAUAUAUAACAAGUAAAAUAAGUUUGUAUUAAGGGCAUUACAUUUAUCUGUUUGUUGAUUAAGUGCACAAAUAAAGUGCUGAAAAUGUUUACCCCUGAUGAAGAGUUUACAUUGAUCUAUCAUAAAAAAUUUAGAGUUGAGACACUGGAAAUCCUGUGAAGGUCGUAUUGCUUUCCUGGAGGGCUGUAGCUAAAUCAUGUAAGAGAAAGAUGACGUGUUGAAGGGCAAGACAAAGAUUGUCCUCCAUGUGAUUAGCAUAAAUGUAUAUUUUGGUUACAAUUUUUAGUUUUUGCGAUAAAGAUUUUAUCUAUACAUGAUUACUCAGAUUUUUUUUUUCUUUUUUCGCUAUCCUGUCAUAGCGUGAGUUGAUUUUUGUCUCGUUUCUCAAUGUGUAGGGGAAAAAAAGCAUGUGUCUCUUUCAGCACAAUGGUAAAGGUAUGCUGUCUGUAUUCGUAGCUGCCAGUAGAAAUGACCAAGCACCCUUGAGUGUUCCACACAGUGCCAUUGGUCAUCUCUCUCUGAACCAUUCACUUAAAAAAAAAAAAAGAAAAAAAACUCUCUUCUGCCUUUGCCUCAUGAUGCAUAUAUGCUAACCUCUACCUAUGUGUAUGUCUGUGUGUUUGUGAACAUACAUAUAUUCUGGAAUAUGUGUAUGGGCGCCAAUAUUUAUAAUACUACAUAGAUGCAGUGUAUUACAAUAGGUCCUUUUAGGUUUUUGUUUUUGCUUGACAGUGUUUUUUCAAUGUGAUUAACUAGAGUUCUAUUGUAAUUAGAUUUCUUUUUCACGAGGUGCAAGGAUAUGCUGCUAUUUGUGUCAACGUAGGAGCAUUAUCUGUUGGGGCUUUUGUUUUGAAAAAAAAGAGAUACAAGACUUUGUCGGUCCAGAUUGCUGCCAAAUGUUGUCAAUUACACGACAGCUGGACACAAAUCUGACAGUGCAGGUUCGGGCAACGUGAGAUCCUGUAUGCUUGCGGCCAUGUUCUUUUACGACACCAAAGAGUUGCUUGAUUUCACACAGUUGUCUAGAGUUUCCCCCCCCCCACCCAAAAAAAAAACAUAGUUUAGAGUCAGUCUGGAUUUAUUUUCUUUUGUCAAGAAGUCUGCUGUGUGUAAAGGGGGAGAAGAUUGUAGAGUAGAUUGAUUUGGAUUUGGGUUCUUUUUUGUGGGCAUGCCAACCUCAUUACCCUAACUGCUGUGUUCAGAGGACAGGCAAGGUGAAUCUGAAGAGUUUCAUUCCAAAAUGAGAUAUCCACCAAAGAAAAUCAUAUCAAAGGACUCAUGGAAAAUGGUUGCAGGCACGAACAAAAUAUGUGAGACUUUUUUUGAUCAAUUCACUUAGAUUUGAGAGUAUUAGAUGCUGUAUACUUGGGAGAUGAUCAGCUAUCAAUCACACCAAAAAAAUGUUUUAUCCAAGAUGGGUGUACAGCAUUUUGGAAUAAAACCCUUCACUUUUAGCUGACUGAUUUGAAUCUUCUCUACUGUAUACUACUGAUAUAAACCCACAGAAAUGAGCAGCUGAGUGGGUUUUGCACUAUUUUUUGUAUUUAGAAGAAGUUUGUUAGUAUGAUUUGUAAUGUCUUUAUUUUUUCUUGUCCCAUUUUCUUGUUUUUUUGAAAGGACCAAAACAUGACAAAAACCUAUGCUUAUCUGUGUCAUUUGCCAAUUUUGCUGAUUGCUUCACUUUCAGAUUUAUUUUCAAUGUCUGGUUAAUGAUUCUAUGAUAUAUUUAUAUAUUUGAAAACAAAUGUAUGUAUACUUUUGAUUUUCAAUAAUCUAUUAAAGACACCUUUAAUGUUAUUAUGGGGGUAGAUUUACUGUCCAAACAAUGGUUGUGCAUAAGGAUCCAUCAUCCAGACAUGCCAAAUAUUUUCUGGUUCUAUAUUGAACAUGCUCAUCUCUGAAUCUAGCUUUGCUACUGCAGGAGGGUCAUCUCCUCCUGGUGGGCCGCUGAGUCUUUCUACAAAGUGUGGCCUCAACUUUGAAGUGCUUCAGUUUGCAACAUAUAUGUCCUAAAUGGUCCCUUAUUGCACAUUGAAGGAUGCAUGAUAUUAAGUGUUUACAAACUUGAAACAACCAUGUAUUAUCCCUCUUAGAGAUUGUCUCUUCUGGCGUUUGUAUUUACCACCAUGUUGAACAAAAACUCAAGUUCUCGUCACACAUCCGGAGGCUGUCCCAAUGCUGUUUGAUCAUGCCAAUUGUAUAAGUGUGAGAGGAUUUAUUUAUUUACUGGUACAUCUGUUUAUGUUACUGUAUGCUCCAUGAAAACGUCUUGCUUUCCCUGUGCUGUAGAAAUGCAUAGAAAGCAAAGUUUGGCUUAGAGCAGCGUGCAGGAGAGCUCGAGGGUUUCUCAGUCGCCAUACUUCCAUCCAUCCGUCUUUCUGUCUUCUGGGAUGAAUAUCUGUGGAGUUGCAGUAUUUUCUCAUAGUAGGCAAUUUUUGUACAGUUUUAUUAAAAUAAAUUUCACAUGGAUGUCUGACUUAAUCUGCUGCCACAAACAAUUUAGACUGUAGAUACAGUAUAUAAAUAUAUAUAUUAUUGUGCAAUGGAAAAUAAAUGUAAAACCAAUCAUA